AUGAGAAGUGCUCACUAUUUAACAGGACUUGCUGGGGGAUUAUCAAAGGAAAGUGAUCUCUCUACAACAAAUAUUAUGAACACUCCAGAUAUUUGUAUGGAGCUAUUAUCAGAGAACUCAAUUAUUCAAUUCACAGAAGAUGUCUCAAAGAAUAACAACAAAUCAACAAAUAGUUCGGAUGAACCAUUUGAUGUUUGUGUCUCUGUGAGACGUGAUCAUCACUAUAAGGUCAAACUCCCUCCAAUUAAAGAAGUGAGCAUGAGUCUUGGCUUUGGAAAUACCUCUCCAAACUCUGCACUCAAUAAGAAGAUUAGUUUCAUUCAGAUAGUUGAAACUGAUUCACAAAGACCAGUUUGUAGAUCAGAACCUUUUUGGUGUAGAAGUAAGAGCAGAGCAGAAAUGGAAAAGAAACAAAAUAGAGAAGCCAUGCAACGAAAAACUGUAAAGAAAGAUGGUGAAAAGAAGAGAAAACCAAAAUCUCCAUCAGAUCAAGAAAAAAAGAGAAAACUGGAUUCAGAUGAAUAA